AUGGUGAUUGCACAAUACCAACGAUCCGUUUCGUCUGUGCAUGUGUGUAUGUGCUUAUGCUGCCAUCAUGUGAUUUCAUGGUCAACCCGAAUCAUGAUCAUCAUUCACUCGAUCAAGACGCCGAAAUGUAGAAAACAGAAUGUGAUUCGCCCGCGUCAGCACCGCAGAAGCAGCACAGACAGGCAGGCCAGU